AUGGAUAGUAAUUAUCUAACUAGUUACUAUCUCAGUAUAUCUAAUAUUUUAGUGAUGUUUACAUGUAUCUUUUUACUUGCCUAAAGACACACAAGGAGGAAUGUCCCGCAACACUGGACCUGGCUUGUAUGAAUUCCUUAUGGAAGCAGAACUCCAGCAGUAUUAUCCUGGAAUUCGAGGUAGUGUAUUUCCAAAUGAAGUCAUUAAACAGCCAAUUGAAUUGUUUCCUGACUGAUAUAAUCUGUCGUGUCAUGUUCACUCAGGGGACCUGAAGGUGCAAACAACUGCUCAACUGAAAUAUGUAACGGAGGAAGACUUGAACGCCAUUGGAAUGAGCAAGCCUGAAAUGCGUCGUUUGAAGAAGCAAGGAGACGUCAUCACUGUCCUCGACAAGGGGAGCAGCAACACUUUGUGGAAAGGUGUUUUGAACAAUGGGAAAACCGGUUUCUUCAAUCCCGCUCACACGAUAGCGUAUCUCGGGUCUAAUUUGCCGAGUAACAAGCCGGGUGAGUUCACACGCGGCGAUGGGAAGAACGCUUUUUCCUCUCAAAGACGAAAGAUCCGGACGGAUAUGAUUUCCUCGCCGCAAGGCGACUUGAAGCACACUGGCCACGUAGGGUUGGACGGAGCUUAUUUCGGUGACAUUGGCUUCCUCGGUGGCAAAUAUCCGCACUUGCCGAGGCAAGUGGUGACGCCGUACAAACCACAGGAGGAUGUGACGGAUAAUUCUAGUCAAGCUUUGAACGAGGAGACGAGGAGCGCGGAGACGAACAGGGAAUUGUUGAGGGAUUACAGGAAUGCACAGCAGGAUGUUUUAAAUAAGCAUGAAAAUUUGUGGUCAGACGUGAAUUCCGAAGUGUGUCAUGCUGCCAAUUCAAGUAAACAGCCAGUUCCGUUGAACCCGGCCAGCAACAACGACACUCUUGGAACGGAUCACGAGUAUCACGAGAUCAGCGACGAAGAAAAUCAAGACAGCCCACUGAGAUUUGAUAAAACGUUGAAUUUCGACUUUGGUCCAAGUUUACUGGCCGAAAUGGACCAAAUGUUCAGAUCAUUAGGAUCUUCCCCUCCUCCGCCACCACCGGUUCAUCCACUGUCAACCGAACACGAAUCGAGCAACGUUCGAAACGAGCUGAGGGAGAUGCAGGCGAAACAAAGCAAUAAAAAGAAACAAGCCACCGUGAGUCCAAUAAAUGUGAAGCCUAUCUCAGCCGCCGAUCAGAAAACUCUCUACUCAGCCAUUGCUAUGGCACAGGAAUUGACAGCACGUUCCAUGACAGACCUUGAACAUUCACCGGAGUCACCGCGAACACCUGCCAGUCCUUCGAGGCGCAGAAAGUUCUCUUUUAAGUUGCCACAUCAACACAGUCCCAAACCAGACAGACGACACUUUUCAGAAGAAGCUGCCAGUAUACCUGACAUACAG